GGCGGUCAAGGUCGCGGAACAAAACGGCGGGCUUCUUUCAGUGAGCUAAUGUACGUGGGUGGAACGAGAAAGGCUACAAUAACAUCAUAUUACAGUUCAAAAUCUGUCAAAUCGAUAUAUUAGGAGCUUCAACUCAUAAAUGAGCCAGAGUAUAACUGUUCCCGUGACUUUUAUACGUUCAUUCAAGUACCGUACAACGUCUUACUUGCCUCUGUCAAACAUUCCUCAGUCAGCGACUGUAAAAGACCUGUUCGACCGCAUACAUCAUGAAGUAAAAACCUCUUCCGCUAUACCUCCUCCUUUCAAGAACCUUUGUUACGAUGCGCUGAAAGUUCGCCACAAAGCUUUUAACACAAAGUCUGGGGAACUGCUAAUUGAUUUACAAGGUGAUCCUAUUCCAUGCAAUUCGGACCUAACUUUAGAAUCUCUUGGAAUAGCAUAAUACUCUGCUCCUGCUUCUGUUUCGGCGCCCGGGCAGCAUUAUAGCCCUAAAAUAAAUCAACAAUAACUGCUACUGGUGUCAUUGUUAUUGUGUGGCGCAUAUAUAUUUGGUGCCCCCUUGUACUAAUGUUAAUAUGUUCAAAUAAAUAAAUAAAACUCUACCACGAAGUGGAUCAGUGUAUAUCUUCAAACUGUGAUGGUGAGAUGGAAAUGAUUGAAUACACAGCUUUUAUUAAAAAUGCACUUUUUGAUGGAAUUACUUACUUGGUUACAAAGACUGAACACAAUACACGCAACUGCUGCGCUGUCCAAACCUCCACUCAAACAAAGAAAAAAUCCUGAAGACUUGCUUCGUCGUAAAUUAUCCCACAACCAUAAUGCAGGACCAUAAGAAAUCUCUUCUGGAGGUGAAAGAAUAUGAGUAUCAACGUGUGGUUGUAAGGACUGAUCAGGCCAAUGGUCACUAUGGCAAAGAUUGAAAUCAACCUACAAAUGAAAAUGACCUAGGCAGAUAUUAUAAAUUAAAGAAUAAAUUUGUCAGAAUUCACACCUUUGCUUAAUUAUAAAGUUUUCUGAUGGAGGAAACAACUAUAGAUGAAAAGCGAUGUGGAGCGUUAUUUGCUUGUAUAGAGAUCGAAUAUUUUGUAGAUAAACAAAAGCACUACAUAGGCAACCAAACUAAUUCCAAUUAAAGUUUUAACCUAGCUAUGCAUUGUUUCAGAGUUGUUGUUCGGUGGUCUGAUUAUUAAGUUUCACAAGUUUGAAUCCUGCCAAACACUACACAAUCCAUGUCUAUGGUUCGAAUCUUCGGCUUUCAUAUGAAGAUAUGGCCAAAAUUGAAGUAUGUGGUUCUGUACUUGAUUAGUUAGUUGGAUUUAUAUUAUUUCAUUAACUUAUAAUUACUGCUUAACCUAAUAUUUUCCAACAGUAUGUGGGGUCGAUCCUUCAAAAACAUAGGUGAAAUGACUCAUGGUCAGUAAUGGCAGAAAAUGUGCAUCUAAUCGGUAUGGUAUUGCUAAUCUCUGGUAACUGACCAACAAAAUUUCAAUUCUAGCGAUUAUAACUAACGAAAUAUCCCUUUUCAUGCUUUACCGUUCUUGAAUCUUAUUUUACCCUACAGAUGAUGCAGAUAUUCAAAUUAUAACCUUUAAGUUAUAUAUUUAAUUUCAAUAGUUGAGAUCAUAAGUCAUUUGAAGCUAGACCACCAUGGAAAA